UUAGUAGAGCUCCAGGACUAUGAUCGACAGACGUCCAUACGGCAUUAAGAAAGCUGACUGAUCUACAGCGAUCGUCAUCAGGCCUGGGAAAAGUUGUAGUGUAUUUGUUGUCGAUACAGCGAUAUUGUUACACUUCAGCGGUUUGGCGGUAUGUACGUGUAUAUACAGUCGGUAUACACAUCGACACACCUGUCUCUCUGUGGGGACACACACGUACAGGAGCAGAUACCCACACGGAAACCUACGUGAACGCACACACAGCUGUGCACUGCUUGUCGUCUUUACGGAUACACGUGCGUAUGCGGGUGCUCGCCCCUGUGACGGUACAUACAGACUCAUUCCGGUGUUCGUCUUCCAGACGGUACACACACACACACACAUUCGCGCAGCUCUGUGGAAUAACAGUAAACCAGCCAGUGACGAACCACCAUGGGAAGUUUAUUCUCUAAAUGUAAAGAUGGCGAAAGUGAGGAUUUUGAUGACUUGAACGCUCCGAAACCUGUACCUACUAGCCCAGCUCCUGUACCCGCACCAGACCCCAACCCACCUCCACGAGACCCCACCCCACCACCUCGGGACCCCACCCCACCACCACGAGACCCGACUCCUCCACCUCGGGACCCCACCCCACCUCCACGAGACCCUACCCCACCACCUCGGGACCCCACCCCACCACCACGAGACCCCACCCCACCACCACGAGACCCAACUCCUCCCCCGCCUACAGAUUUGCCACCUUCACGUGAUCCGACUCCACCUCCUACAGUUUUCCCUCCCCGGGACCCAUCACCCCCUCCCACAGAUAUCCCCGUGACUCCUGGACUUCACUUCGGAACAGAGUACCAACCGACUCACUUGGAUACAUUCGAAGUUCAUGUUGACUUCCGGUCUAAACCAACAAAGUUUGACGUAGAUCGCCGCCCUUUCGUCUCCUCCGGGCUUUACGUUGAUGACGAAUUUCCACUGCACGUAGCACUUCCGAAAGGAGACCCGAACGGCAGAAAUCUGGAAUGGAAACGCCCAACGGAGAUCCGCGACAACCCAGUGCUGUUCUCAGAUGGUACUUCAAAGUACGACAUAGGUCAAAGGUCAAUAGGUACCUGCUGGUUCCUAGCUAUGGUAACCAACAUAGCGGACAAGCCCACACUCCUGAGACAGGUAAUUCCAUCAGACGCCUACCCUGUAGGGAGGUCUACCUAUGACGGCGUCUUUCACUGCCGGUUCUGGCGCUAUGGUGUUUGGGAGGACGUCUACAUUGAUGACUAUCUACCGAUCGUGUACGGAACCACUGUGUACGGGGCACACUCCGACACAGACGAAAACGAGAUGUGGGUAGCCCUGCUGGAGAAAGCAUUCGCCAGGUCGUAUGGAAGCUACGAAGCUGUUACCGGCGGUCAAAGUGCAGCCUCGUUCGUGGCACUAACGUCGGGUGUUCCGGAAGAAGUUGAUCUAAAAUCAGGGGAAGUAACUGCAGAUGAAUUAUUUGUUCGAAUGACGAACGCUCACCGGUCUGGGGCUAUGGUGGCAUGCGCAGUUCCAGGCGAAUACAACGGUCACCAGGGAUUGAUUGGGAACCAUGAGUACACACUGACGGGAACAGCUGUGGCUAAUGGUAACCACUUGUUCCGGGUACGAAACCCUUGGGGUGGGGCAAGGGAGUGGACAGGGGCUUGGAGCGAUGAGAGUUCCGAAUGGUCAUUGGUACCGGAAGGCGCAGUGCCGCACGCCAACAAGGACGACGGCGAGUUCUACAUAUCCAUAGAGGAUUUCAUGCAGUGUUUCAACCUAGUGACGAUUUGUAGUAUAACACCCGACUUCGACAGGGACGGAAGUGAAGACACACUUAAAUACGUCACGUGCUUGUACGGUGAUUGGCGGGAUGAUAACGCAGCAGGAUUUAGGAACAAAUUACAGAAUCCCAAGUAUCUCAUCGAAGUAAAUGAAAACGCCGCGGAUGAAAACGGCGACGUGCCCUUGGUUGUACAAAUAAUACAGCGGACAGAACACAGACGGACAGACUUGAUACAGAUCCGCUGUGACGUGUACAAGGUGUUUGGUUCCGAUGGCAAUAUGUACAUAAUAGAUGAACUGGGGAAGAAAACCAACUCGUACAAAAACUCUCCACAACGGUCCUUCCGGUAUCUAGUGCAACCUGGGAAAUAUAUCAUCUUACCUUCAGCCGCUAAUGCAGGAGACGAGAAGGAAUUCCUCGUGCGGACUUUCACAUCCGGGCCGUUAUCUCAAUUCAAAAAUCUCACACAUGACAGCAGAGUCCAAUACAUGCAUUGUGAUAUGGACGCCAUGCCAGCGUCUGUCUCAAGUAAGAGGCUGCACAGCCAGGUUCUGAUGGGAAAUAUCAGAGAAGGUGUCAAUGCAGGUGGUCAGGUUUCUUAUCCGACAGUGGGAAUCAACCCGCAGUUCCGGAUCACCGUCAACCAGACAGGUUUCGUCCAGUUCCAGCUGUUACAAGACGACAAACCGGAAAUGGUCCCCCUUGGUAUUCGUAUGUGGAGAGAUGACGGUAACAUUCACGUACCCUUGACGACCCCCUGGAUCAACGGCAACUACCGGGCGGAAGGGACCAUCGUCCUUAUGACGGACAACGACGACGGAAAGUUUUUAGCUGGACCCAAUGUCAAGGCGGACUACGUACUAGACCCCGGGAACUAUAUCCUGCUCAUUCAUCUCAACUCCCCCAGCGACGAAACCAAAUUUGCUCUCCUUGCUCAGUCAGAAAACAAAAUCGAUAUCAGUGGACUUCAGCUCGGAAAUUAGAAGAAAGCCUUGAUCAUACUGACGGGAAUCAAAGUGCUAGUUUUAUUUAAAAAGUAUACAAAUAUGUUUAUUUACAAAAGAGGGUAUAUAUGUGAUGAAUUGUAUCUGGUUGUACGUUUUAUAUAGUAAAAUAUAACAGAUUUUUAUGAUAUAUUCUGUCAGAAAAAUGACACAGUUAGCAUAAAUUUGUUCACUCUCCCCCUUUACAGGUGUAUACUUUUAGUCAUGUGAUAUUGCUCAUGGCCUCAUUACCAUUAAAAACAUGGGUUGGUUAAUCGACGACAGACCGAUAUGAAAAAAGUCGAUAAAACGACAGAAUAAUUCGGACUACAGGGGACUGUGUAAUAGUAUCUAUGUGGAAAAUGAGGGUGUAUACUUUUAGAACUACUAUAUUUAAGAAAAAAUGGCACCUGUGAUACGACAGUUUGGAACCACGUGAUUACGCAGUGAUAUUAGCACACACACAAUAACGAAGGUGUGACUCACUUCAGGUAAGUUUUUAUUGUGGUAUUGUCUGCUUGAAUGAAUUUAUUUUAACAGCUUUAAAAGCAGAGAACUCAACAAUGACGAUCAUUUUCUCUAAUGUGAAAUUGGUCGCUUGUUCAAUACAGUAGUUUGAAUGAAACGAUCAAUCCGCCGCCCCCUGGACUGUAUAAAAAGAAACGCAUGUUCUAACAAGAAAGAAAAGUACUCGGCGUUUUUUCAAGGCAGGAACAACAUAUUUUAAAAAAGUCUUUCCCGAGAAAUCAGGAUUUGUUCACAAACUUGCCAUUUGAAUGUCAGUAUAAAUGGUAAAACUAUCAAUCAGAAGUUUCUAAAAUAUUAUACAUCCUCAUUUGCUACAUGUAUUUAUCUGUUGAUAACUUUUAGUUUGAACCUGUAUAUUUACACACAUUUAAUAAAAAUGAUAUGGAAACGAGGUACUCAGGAGUGAGACGAUGCGACAUUUUGAAAAAUGGUCUCAAAUUUUGUUUCACUUUUUCAUUUUUGCAAGCAAACAUUUAAGAUAAGGACAAUCACAAUCUAAGCUAAUUGAAUAGUAGAAAACCACAGCUUACUAAUUUUAUCAGUGUGAUGUUUGAUAUAAACUUCAACGUCGGAACAGUUAAAAAAGUAUUUCUAGCCUUUUUUUUUCAGAUUUAGUCUCCGAUUUU